AUGCACGGCGUGAUGAGUCACAAUCGAUGUGUCCAAUGGCUCUACUCCUUGAUCUCAAGCAAAUUUAGACACGUUGUCAAAACUGCGCUUAAGCUUCUAGUUAUUUUUGUAGAAUACACACAAAAGAACUCCCUUCAUCUUAUUGAGGCUAUAAACGCUGUGGAUAGCGCUAAUGGUAGACCGCCUUGGUAUAAUAUUAUGAAGAUUCUUCAAGACUUUGAUGCCUCUGAUACGGAACUGUUGAUUUAUGCCACAACUCUUAUAAACAUUUGUUUAAACAAUAUUCCCGAUAGAGACACUUACUAUGAUCAGGUUGAUGUAUUACAAGAUCAGGGUAUGGAUGAAAUAAUCCAGUUAUAUAUGACAAAACAAGGAACAGAUCUAGAUCUCUUGAGACAACUUCAGGUCUUUGAAGCAGUUCUACUGUAUGAAGAUGGUGAUGAGACAGGAACAGCAUUGAAACAAUUGGAUGAGUCUGUAGUAAGUUCUGUACGGAGACGCAGCCUAAAUUUGAAUUCUUCGGAAAGGAGAAAAUCUAAAAAGCAGCAAUCUAAGGAGAAAGGUAACCAAAAGUACACAUCAGGAUUAAAACAGCGAAUACAGAAUGGUACACUCGGUCAUAGUGUCAAUGCAGUAGAUGCUUUAACAGCAUCACGUCAAAAGCAAGGUGAAACUACUCCAGAAAUCAAAGAUGAUCGUGGAAUUCUGCUCAAUAGAGAGCAUAGCAUUAAGGAUUUAGCACAGAGGUUAAUAAGCCCUGUUUGCACUAUAAACGAAGAAAAACCACUCCGUGUAGCCGAAAUGACAGGAAUAGUAUCGAAAGCCAAAGAAGAAUUAGCGAAGUCACAAUCCAAGGAAGUGAUAAAGAGUCCUAGUAUAGAAAAAUCACCUAAAAUUAGUGAAAUAAAGAUUUCUGAAAACGAUCUCCAAUGGGAAGAAUUAAGACAAGGUUGUCUUAAUAGAGAAUUCCAUUUAUGUGAUCUUGACUUUUCGGAUUUGCGACAUGAUUCAGAUGAUGACAUGAUGUCACCAGUUCUUAACGAUGGCAAUAUACCGCCACCCCCGCCACCUGGGAUGUUCUUACCCUCAGUUUGUAAUCCUCCGCCACCGCCUCCACCUGGGAUGUUCCUACCUACAAUUUGUAAUCUUCGGCCAUUUCCAGAUGUUUACAAUAACGGUCCAAGAAAUAAUAUCCCUGUUCCACCACCAAAACCAUCCCUUUCAUCAGAACUCUCCUAUACCUCUGAUAGCUCAACAAUAAAGAAAAAUAAAAAAACAGUAAAGUUGUUUUGGCGCGAGGUACAGGAAAAUCCAGCCCCAGUCACAAUGAUGUCAAAAAUUGGAGGUUUUAUUUGGGAUGAUCUCCCCGAGGUUACGUUAGAUACCAAAACCCUUGAACAUUUGUUUGAGUCGAGAACUAAUGAUCUUAUCAUAAAGAAACUAAUGGAACCAAAACGUAAUUUGAUUUUGGAUACUAAACGAUCAAACGCAAUAAAUAUAGCCAUGAAAAAGUUGCCAACACCACAGACUAUAAAAGCUGCAAUAAUGAAAAUGGAUGCAACAGUAGUGGGUAGAGAGGGAAUAGAGAAGCUUCUGACAAUGCUACCGACGGAAGACGAAAAAAUUAAAAUUCAGGAAGCACAGUAUGCUAAUCCUGAUUUGCCCCUUGGUAGUGCAGAGCAGUUCCUACUGACAUUAGCUUCUAUAAAUGAGUUGUCAUCUCGCUUAAAACUAUGGGUUUUCAAACUGGAUUUUGAUAAUUCUGAAAUUUAUUCAGCGAGGUGA